AUGGCGUCGAAUCUUCUAACUUCCUUCUUCUUCCUCUCUCUCGUCUCACUUUCUAAUGCUUCUGUGGCAACUAUCUCCUCCGCCGUGGAAGUCCUCUGCGAUUCCGGCUACUUCUCCAUGGGACUCACUCUAAAGCUCGCCAACAACGACCUCCGCCUCGAAGAUUGGCAAGAACUCACUAUCUUCGCUCCUUCCGAUCAAGCUUUCUCCGUAUCUGGCCAACCGUCGCUUCUCUCUAUCAAGUACCACCUCUCUCCGACGCGACUCCCCGGCGAAACCCUAACGAACCUUCCUCACGGCGCGAAACUCCCUACUCUCAGAUCUAACUCCUCUCUAACCGUCACCAACUCUUCUCGCUCCCGUGGAGCGAAUCUUUCCAUAAACGGCGUCGUAGUCCAAGAUUCUCCUCUCUUCGACGACGGAUACGUCGUGAUCUACAGUUCCGACGAGUUUUUCGCACCGCCGAUCGUUGCUUCCCCACCGUCGUCUUCGAUCUCAUCUCCUGAUGAAGAACCAAUGGAUUCGAUUUCGAUUCCGAUCCCUAGCUCAGCUCCUAGCUCACCGGUUAAAUCUAAACCGGGGAAUUGCUUCAACAUCUUCGACUCUGCUUCGAGUUUGUUACUCUCCAGAGGCUUCGUGAUCGUUGCAACGUUUCUCGCUCUACAGCUUGAGAUUUCUCCUCCAGGGAACGAAACGAAGCUCACGGUCUUCGCUCCGAUCGACGAAGCCAUAUCAGUCAGCAAGUUCUCAGAUUACGCUACUAUCUUCAGAGGACAUGUGAUCAAGAGGCUUCUCUCGUGGAAAGAUCUUGAGAAACUUGCGUGGGAAGGGUCGAUUCUGCAGACUGCUCUCAAAGGGUAUGAGAUUGAGCUUUCUUGGUCUGGUGAUUUUCUUCUUCUCAAUGGAGUCCCACUCAUCUUUCCGGAUAUGUUUGCCAAUGAGUGGAUUGUUGUUCAUGGAGUUAACCAAAUGAUUGCACCGAAAGGAAGUCAGGGUAAAGUGGGAGAGUCAAUCUCAGAGCUAAACGGUGGAGAAGGGGAAGGAGAUGGUGAGUACUCUACUGAGUUAGGUGACUAUGGUCUUCACUGAUUCGUCUUCAGAUGAUAUUGAAACUGUUCU